AUAACCGGAAGUCAGUUGUUUUUACUUCCGAGUCGAAAAUCAACAUGGAUAUUCCGAAUCCGCCUGAAGAUCUUGAACAGAAGAAUAUCAUCGACAAACUGGCCAAUUUUGUGGCCCGAAAUGGCCCAGAAUUUGAGCAGAUGACCAAACAGAAACAGAAAGACAAUGCAAAGUUCAGUUUUCUCUUCGGCGGAGAAUAUUACCAAUAUUAUCAGUUCAAAGUCAACGCAGAGCAAUCAGGUUUUCUGCAAAAUCCUCACAUUGUUCCCGAGUCUGGUCCACAUUUCCAUUAUCAGGGUCCUAGCUGCCUCCUCAGUGUUCAGCAUCAAGAGAAGCAGCAAGAUGCACUCAAACAACAACAACAGCAGCAGCAACAACAACAACAGCAGCAACAGCAGCAGCAGCAGCAGGCGUUGGUGCAACACGCAAUCACUCAGCAAGUGUUACCUCCCAAUGCCCCGUGGCAGACCACGCCUCCACCUUCGGCGGCACCGCCACUGGCCACUCUCAACCAGGCGCCACCCCCGGCAGGUGGAGGUCAGACACCCCUGUCUGGACUGCACCAACAGUUGCAGCAGCAGGUUGCACAGAUGCAGGAGCAGAUCAAACACAGCGAGCAGAAUCUCAAUGCACAGUACCAAAGUCUCAUUCAACAACAGCAGAUCCAGAUUGAAGAGGCAAUACUGAAAUGUCGUAUGAAGAUGGUGGAAAAACUGUCCGAGGAUUGUGAUAUUGACCUAUGCGAAUUAGACAAAACGGUACAACCCAUUAUUGAAUCGUGCACCAAGGACGCAAUACUGAAUGGUAAAAGCUGGAUAUUCACACAUUGUUUCACAGAGGAUCACUGUCAACUUAUUGCUCAGUAUUUAUUGAACAGGAUUACAGACAAGGAGUCCAGCUUCGACGUCAAACUGCAUCUCAUCUAUCUCAUCAAUGACCUGUUGCAUCACUGCCAACGGAAGAAUGCUGACGAACUGAAGACUCAUCUAGAAGGCAUUGUGGUGCCAGCAUUUUGUACUGCCAGCGUUCACUUUACUGAUGACAAGAAACAAAAGUUAACCAAGUUGCUGAACUUAUGGGAUUCUAAUAAAUACUUUGACACAGAAACAAUCAGGAAACUGAAAGACCCUGUGGAAGCUGUGGCCAAUUAUCAGGCCGGCCUUAUCACUGAGUAUGGUAACUUGGUCACACAGAUUACGGCUGCCAUCCAGUCCCAGUACGGACAACUCCAGAAGCAGCACCAAGAAUUCGCUUCACACCUCAACCUGCAGCUGCAGCAGCGACAAGAACAGCUGCAGUUGUUGCAGCAAGUGGGAGGACCACCACCUCAACAGUCAGGUUCUGUUGGACGGGACAGUUCAGCACCUCAGUCCGUACCCCCAGCAGGAGUUGCACCCCAAGUUCCCCCAACAGUGCCCCAGCAAGUUGCUCCUCCCAUCCUGCCACCCAACAUGCCCAACAGUACAGCGUCACCUGUGCCACCCGGCAUGUCGACCUCCACAAGCAUGGCAAAUAUUACCCUACCCCCUCAGCAACCUCCACCCAAUUCGAGGCCUGGCCCAACACAGCCCCCCGUGAUGCCUGGAAACCCUGGACCACCACCACAGAACAUGCCACAGGGCAUGCCCCCUCAAGGAAUGCCACCGCAAGGAAUGGGCCCUGGGGUACCCCCUUCUGUACAUAAUGCUAUCACUGGAGCACCAAGAGGAGCAGGAGGCCCAUUCCCGCAGGGUCCACCUCCAAACAUGCAGCAGCCAGGCUCACAUGUGGCAAGUGGAACAGGUGGUGCCAAUACUAGUGGGCCACCACCAAACUUUGCACCUCCUAAUUUUGGUGGCCCACCCCCUCCUUUUGGCCCACCUAUGCCAAACUAUCAUAACCGACCACCAAUGCCUGGUCCUGGAGCCGGAGGACCAGGGCCUGGCCCUGGACUAAACCAAGGCCCAGGCCCUGCACAUGGCCCUGGUCCUACUCAUGGCCCAGGCUCAUCCCAUGGACCAGGUCCAGUACCUUCCCAUGGACCAGGCCCUGCACACGGCCCAGGCCCAGCUCAUGGACCUGGUCCCACACAUGGACCUGGUCCCACUCAUGGACCUGGUCCCACCCAUGGACCUGGUCCCACCCAUGGACCUGGUCCAACUCAUGGACCAGGCCCAACCCAUGGAACAGGUCCAGCUCAUGGACCGGGUCCAACUCAAGGGCCUGGUCCAGCCCAAGGGCCAGGUCCAGCCCACGGGCCAGGCCCAGUCCAUGGGCCUGGUCCAGCUCAUGGGCAGGGUCCAGCCCAUGGACCUGGCCCUACACAUGGACCGGGACCAGCCCAUGGACCUGGCCCCAAUCAACCUCCACCCCCUCAGCUGAUUGAUUAUGGCCAUGGUUUAUUGCCUCCGCUACCCCUGGAGUUCCGUGGACCACCGACCCCUCACCCAUCGGCCCCACUCCCAAUGCCUGACUUCAGUAAACCACCUCCUGGUUUCCCUCAGGCUCCACCACCAAUACCUCUGCCCACAGAAAUGGACCUCACCCCAUCUGUCCCUUACUAUGAACUCCCAGCUGGAUUAAUGUCUCUUUUGGUUAACUUGGAGGACUGUGAUUACAAGGCCCUCGAUCCCAAGGACAUCCGAUUGCCCCCUCCAAUGCCACCAAGUGAGCGACUACUAGCAGCUGUGGAAGCCUUCUAUAGUGCCCCGUCACAUGACAGGCCGAGGGACAGCGAGGGCUGGGAGAAACUAGGCCUCUAUGAGUUCCUCAAGGCGAAACAGAAAGCUAAGAAGAUCCGAGACCGAGAACUGGAGAAGGAGAAAGAAAAAGAGAAACACCAGCCGUCCGACCGCUUCCGAGGUCGGUCAAGUUCUCCGCCUCCGAGACCUCGGUCACGUUCCAACUCACCACGAACGCGCUCUCGUAGAAGGUAUGACGCUAAAAGGUCCCACUCCAGGUCACAUUCAAGAUCUAAGUCAAAAUCUCCACUGCCCUACCUGCGCAGUAGCAAGUCUCGAUCACCUUCUCCUUCCAGGAACCGACGCAGAUCUCAAAGCCCAUCUCCUCCAAACUUUGGCGGUGAAAACUUCUUGCAGCCUCCCAUGUUUGACCAAAGGAUCGGAGAAGAUAACAAAGGCCACCAAAUGCUGAUGAAGAUGGGUUGGAGUGGCAAGGGUCUUGGCGUCACAGAACAGGGCAUAGUUGACCCUAUAUCAGGAGGUGACUGUCGCAACCGGCAGGACAUGUACAAGGGAGUAGGAUUUGAGAUAAAAGAUCCAUUUGAGUUGAAAGAUCCGUUUGAGCAGUUCCGUAAGAGCAAAAGCCAAGGUUUUAUCCAGCGAAUGAAGGCAAGGGACGAAGCAAGAAUUGGAGAAAAAGCUAACAGACAUGGUGCCAAAACGCCACAACAGAAUCGGACAAUGAAGGAGGAGGAAAGUACCACACCAGUCCAUGCUGGAGCAUCAUCGCCACCGCAACCAGCAGCAGGAGUGGCCGCAGCAGCAGCAGCUCAGAACUUCCCUCUACCACCAAUGAAUCAUUAGGCUACCACCACCAUCACCACCACCACCACCACUACCACCACCACCAACACCAGCCGCUUCAUGAAUUUGAGGAGGGGCCUCCAUUGAUCCUCUUCUUUCUCUACAGAGAUGUUGACCCUCUCUGUGCCCCUCUCUGGCCCUCUCCCUCUAUGGAGCAGGUCGUAAAACCUUUCACUGCAGGAUUUCAUUCUUUUAUAUAUUUUUUUUUCCUCCCCCUCUACCUCUCUUCACUCAUAUUUCUUCAUCAUUGAGAUCACAAUAUUAAAUCUUAACAAAACCAAC